UGAUGCUUUGUGGGGCCGCCUAGAGAUUUAAUUACGGAUCUGUGUUCGCGCAUUAUAUUAUACGAGCCGUUUUCCCUCACUGUUACCCUUAUUUUAUUAAUUUAAAUGUGUCUGUUUUUUUCCGUUUGUUAAGAACAAAGACCUUUCUUUAUGAAAUAAAACCCGCUCUCGAGUCGCUUGUCUCCGGACCCGCGCGCUGAUUCUGGAGCCAGUGUUUUUGUUAGUGAGCGAUCCUGGGACGCGCGCUAGCUCUGUCGGCAUGUUCGGAUCCCCGUCUGCAGGAUUAUAACCACCGGAAAACAGCACUGCAGUCAAUAAAUUUGUGAGAGCUGAGAUUAAAAACGAUGAUGGACCAUUUGGCAACUACUAGUGGCACCCAGGGGCCCGUCAUGUGUGAACCCUCUUAUCCUCCAUGUAAAAUGGCCCGUAUGGAGAAUUCAAGAGAUCUACCUGUACCUGGAGUCACUCCUGUGAGCCUGACCUCCAAACAAACAUCAUUACUCACAAACAGGAGGAAAGGCAGUCUGAUUCCUGUGUUCUGUAUGGUGGAGCAGAGUGAUGUCCCACCCUCAGAGAGGAAGAGGUCGGAGCAUGCAGAAUUUGUGCUGUUGAAGAAAGACCUGCUGUUCAGCCAGAUUACAGAGGCUGCACUGCAAGAGCUGGGAUACACACACACCGCAGCGGCUCUGGCUACAGGUCAGGUUCAAGUUGGCCAUUGGAACCCUGUGUCCCUGUCCACUGUGACAGACACCUCUGAGGCAACAGUAGGAGACAUGCUUCAAGAUCUUUACCAUGUCAUCACCUUAAGAAUAAAGCUACACAGUGUUUCUAAAUUAGAGGACUUGCCUGCUGAGCAAUGGACUCAUUCUACCGUCAGAAAUGCCCUGAAGGAGCUGCUGAAAGAGAUGAAUCAGAGCACACUGGCUAAAGAGUGUCCAUUGUCUCAGAGCAUGAUUUCAUCAGUAGUGAACGGCACUUACUAUGCCAGCAUCUCUGCUGCGAGAUGUCAGGAGUUCGGUCAGUGGUACAAACACUACAAGAGGGCAAAAUCUAUGAUGGGUGACAUGAGCAGACACUGCAACCAACCAUCAUCCUCCAGCCAGCCCACCAUGUUCCAGCAACCAAUGGAAGGCAGUGGGGCGGAGUCACGUGGUGUUGUCCAGAUGCAGGCUGGAAUGCCUGGUCUGGUGAUGGCUCAACUCCUCUCACAGCAGCACGCCAUGUCUCAGCUCCUCACACACGCUCACACACACUCACACGGGCCUCAUCCUGCACCACUAAGGACUCCUCCCAAGUGCAAUGUGUCCCCACCCACAGUAGCUCAAUGUCCCUCACCUGUCACCGACGUGUCACCUGAAAUUUACCAUUGGGUGCGUGAGGAACUAAAGAGGGCAGGGGUUUCCCAAGCCGUGUUUGCACGAGUGGCCAUUAACAGGACUCAGGGCUUGCUAUCGGAGAUCUUGCGCAAGGAAGAAGACCCACGGUGUGCAUCUCAGUCUCUUUUAGUUAACCUUAGGGCCAUGCAGAGCUUCCUACAACUGCCACAGAGCCAGAGAGACUCUAUUUAUCUGGAGGAAAGAGAGCGUAACCUCAGCUGUACCUACAACACCAAUACAGGCUCACCUCUGCCCAUUCAGGCAAAACUUUCACCUGUUUCCAAGGACAUUGUAGUCAAAGUGGAAUGCGAUGAUUCUGGAAUAAACUAUGGCAUCUAUGAUGAAAUACAGCAGGAAAUGAGACGAGCAAAAGUGUCGCAGGCCUUGUUUGCAAAAGUGUCUGCUGCCAAGAGUCAGGGCUGGCUAUGUGAGCUCCUGCGCUGGAAGGAGGAGCCAUCGCCUCAGAAUCGUACACUGUGGGAAAAUCUGUCUCUGAUUCGCCAGUUCCUAAAUCUCAGCCAAUCAGAGCGAGAUGUUAUAUAUGACCAAGAGAGCAAUACUGGGCAGACGUUCUACUCAGAAAAACACACAAGACCACUGACUGAACAACUACAAGUGAUACCACACCAUAUGGUGCCUCUGAAGCAGCACCAACAACUGCAUAAAAUUCCACCUCAGCAUCAUCAACACUUCCUCCAGCAGCAUCUCAUCACUGGAUGUCUCAAAGACACUCACAUGGGCCCAAAUAUUGGAGGCAGGUCUUUACCACCAGAAGCCCAUGCAAUCCUGCAGAGUUUCAUUCAGGAAGUGGGACUACAUCCGGAUCAAGAGGCCAUUCAUACACUAUCUGCUCAACUAGGAGUAGCCAAAGAGGCUGUUCUUAGCUUUUUCAAUGGUCACAACUGGCUUAGACAGGAAGAGCAGGACAACCGAGGAGAAAGAGAGAUUGAGGAAAGGGAAGACGAUUACAUGGAGGCAGAGGAGGAAUGCAGGGAGACAAUGGAAAACGAUGAGGAGACAAAUGCAAACAUGAUGACAGGGAAACAAGAUGAUGUGGUGGAGCAAAAUGCAUCUACACAAACUCGCUUUAUCAUUACUAUUAAGAAAGAGGAGGAGCUUCCGUGUAAGGAGGAGUGCGAUGAUAGUCCCGCCUACUGCCAAUUCAUAAACUCCUAAAAAAUGCAUACACUAUCAUUCAAAAGUUUGGGGCUAUUUUGAUUAAAUAAACGUAAUAUUUAAAUUCAGCAAGGAUGCAUUAAACUUUCUAUUCAUUUUAGAAUACUAAAACAAAUAAUCUGUCACGGUUUCCAUAAAAAUAUUAAGCAGCAUAACUGUUUUCAACAUUGAUAAUACGAUUUUGUUUUGAGAAGCAAAUCAGCAUAUUAGAAUGAUAUCUCGAAGGAUCUGAAGGAUUAAUUACAUUUCAAAAUAUUUAAAAUAGAAAGUUAUUUUAAAUUGUAAUAAUAUUUCACAACAUUACUGUUUUUACUGUAUUUUUGAUUAAAUAAAUACAGCCUGAAUGAGCUUUUUUUUUUUUUUUUUUAAAUCAUACCAACCUCAAACUUUUGAAUCGUAGUGUAUUUAAUUAACAAACAAACAGCAAUGAAUACUGGGUGAUUUGACAAUUUCAUGUAGCGUAUUUAUUUACAGGUGUUUUCCUGAAACCUCAUACUUUGGAUGGACUUGAAGAUUUCACAAAUGAAAAUGCCACGGAAAGAAUUCAUUAAACAUCAAUGUUCUAAUUUCUAAAAAAUGUUUUAUUAAUAUUAGGGGUGUAAAAACGCUCAUGUAUGACUAUGAAAAUGAAAUGGAGUGAUUAUAAUAUUCAAACCUAAUUAAGUCACCAUUAUCAUAAUGUAUCACAUAAUUUAAGGAAGAAUCGCUAAUUUAAAUUGUUGUUAGAGCAAAUAUUUACACCCCUAAAUUAAUGUGAUUUGCAAUUUUAUAGUAGUAUUAUUUAUUGUUUGUCUGGUUUUCUGCUCAAUUCCUCAGUUGAAUCUUCACAGGUGGCAGGCAAUGUCGGUCAGUGUUAAUGGUGGCAUUUUCAGCCAGACAGAGUUGUCUUUUACAAGAACUGUUGCCAGAGACCCUGAAACCGUGAUGUAUUAUAUGUUAGAAGCAAACAGCACAUUACUGUAUUAUUGUCAAUAGAACAAAACACAAUAGACACAGCACUUUGAAUUACAGUGAAUAGUUCUCUCUCUCUAUUGAAUUACAAUAAAUCUGUACUGUUUGUUAUUGUUCAUUAUAUUUAAAGCCAUUUUAUUCAAGAACUAGAAAAUGGGCUUUAUGUGUUUGUUAACUGUGAAGGCAUUCUUGAUUAUAACUUUAUUU